AUGGAGGCAACCAGUGAUCCGACAAAAAUCCUGGAGAAGGGUCCAGAAUACCUUCGGAAGCAAAUGGAAUUGGAGAGUGAGACAAAAGGACGCAUUAGCGCUGUGGAGAGGCUCGCUGCAAGCAAACUGAAAUAUGUCAAAAGCCAAAAGGUGGUCAACUCAACUCAGGAGUCAGUGAUCAGUAUUGAAUCAGCCUCUGUGAGUAGCACUGGGUCUUCUAACCGGAGCUCGAAUCGUGAGGCAACAUGUGGAGUACAAAUCAACAUCUCGCCAGGGCAGGUACGUCGGUCCAGCUCCAAAAAACGGCCAGACUCUCUUCUGCUUUACAGACAAAAAUGUGAUUUACUGAGAGGGUCAGCAAUGGACCGGAAACACCAUGUAACACGUAAGUUGCUACAGAGCUCUGUGCAUAAAAAUGUUCCGUUACUUGAGGUAACAGAUACGGAUUGUAAAGCUGAGUGCAACAAGGAAAGAAUCCCCACACCUGUGGGAACAGCAAAGGAAUGCAGCUCUCAUGUAGUGACGUCUAAAUCAGAGAGGAGGAAGAAUGGAGUAGCAGAUCAACACAGCACUGGAAACUGGGAUUCUGGGAUAAAGGUGACGCCCGGGCUUGUGAAUAAAUCUGCCGUUCUCCUAACGGUUCCUGAGAUUGAAAGAAGAUCUGGCAAAGGGGUCAGUCGUUCUCACUCUGACAUCAGCUCCAGGUACUCUAAAAACUUUGCAGACUUUGAUGCUUUUUUCAAGUACUGUGGGCUCGGCGGUGAGGUUAUUGACUCCUUGGGGAAGGAGAACUUCUCUACGCGCUCAGAGAAAAUUGCGACAAACAUCCGAAGUGUCAGCGUCUCUACAUCCGACGGCGGCUUCUCCAGGAACAGCGCCGACACCGAUGGACUAAUGGAGGUCGUGUUGCAUGAAAAGAUGCAUCAGGGGACGUCAGUUAUUGAGCGCAAUGCAAGGAUCAUCAAAUGGCUGUACAGCUGCAAAAAUGCUAUCGAGACUGGGAAAAAAUUAAGAGACCUCGAUUGA